GACGCCCAGCGGGCCGCGGAGGAGGCCCUGGAGGCGGUCAGGCGGGAGACCCAGAAGGCGCUGGAGAUCGCCCAGGCCGAGUCGGCCCGCCUGGCCGAGGCCGCGCAGUCCCAGGCGCAGGAGCUGGCGGACGCUGCGCAGCCCCUGGCCGAGAAGGCCGCGGAGGCCGCCCGGGCGCAGGCGCAGGAGCUGCGCGAGGCCGCGCAGCCCGUCGUCGCCGAGGUGGUCGCCGAGGUGCAGGCCAUCGGCGAGGACAUCCACAGCGGGGCGCGUUGGCUGACCCAGCAAUCGCAGGAGCUCCUCAGCGAGGACGUUGCAGUGCAGGCCCGCGACCUCGCGGAGAAGACGCAGGCGCAGGCCCGCUCUCUGGGGACCUCGCUGUGGAGCAGGGCACAGGCCGCCUGGGCCGCCGCUGGGGCCACGGCCACGGCAGCGGCGGCCGAAGUGGAGAAGGCCGUCGCGGAGCCCGUCGGGGUCGGCCCUGCGGGCGGCUGGGGCGGCAACUGGGAGUCCACGCUGGGCGGGUUGCUCGGCAACCUGGGGCUGGAGGAGCAGGCCGAGAUGCUUGAGUCCAUGCCGACCUUCCCGUCCCAGGAGAGCAAGGACUACAUCAAACAGUGCUGCGCCGACAUGUUGGCCAGAAUGCGCGAUGAGCUUGCCAUCGACAUCAGCAAGUCCCUCACGGACACCAUCAAGCAGAAUAUUGAAGUGCAGAACAAACCAACCAUCGACGUGCUGGACCAACUUCGUGCCCAGCUGGCUCAGCCUCCCGCUGACCUCGACCAGAAGAUCCUCUCGAUUGUGCGCCCCCAGCUCGACACCACCACGCGUCGUCUCCAGGCACAGAUCGACGCUCAGCAGGUGCAGAUCAACGAGACCGACGGCCGCGUGUCCAAGGUCGAGGCCCAGUUGCAGGAUGUCCUUACCCAGAUGGAGACACUCAGGAAGGAGCUCCACAUCGCCGAGCAGCGCCCCCGCGCCCCGCUCACCCAGCCGAAAGGCUUCGACAGGGAGGUGGACGCUUCGCUGGUCGUGGCCAUGGCCCAGCGCCCUACUACGACGGCCUGUGUCGAAGCUGAACUACGCCCGUGGAUCGCCUCCCUCGGCCUCGCCGACGACCUCUACGACCUCGUCCCCGUCGGCCCCGUGCCGACCAAGAAGUUCCACAUCCGCUUCAAGGGCCUCAUCGCCGUCGCGUCCAGGAUGGCGGCCAAGGUGCUUGGUGCCCUGCGCACUGACGGCACCUGGAAGGAGUUCACUGUCGAGGUCCCUGGCAGCCCUCGCUGCCGCAUCCACUUGGGCCCCGACAAGUCGCCACGCCAGAUUCGCUGCGAGAUUCUGUUGCGGAGAGCCCGUACUAUCAUUGCCGAGCGUCACCCGAACCUCCGACUGUUCACCGACAGAGAGCGUGCCACGCUUUCCAUUGGAUGGGAUCGUAUCAUGCGUGUGGAAGUCCAUCCUGGCAACAAGCCCGCCGAGUUCUACUGGGACAACCAGCAGCUCGCCAAGCACGACCUCGUCAAAGCCGAGCUCGUGUCGCUGCUCGCCCCCCUUGUCGAACCUGAGGCAGCUGGAGACCGUGUGCGAAGUCACGCGGUGGCUCUCGUGCCUGGUCGCGUUUUGUGGGUCACCGUCGUGCGUGGCCCGAUCUGCAUGGAGAUCUUCAACAUUCACAACCACGACCUGAAGCAGAAGCAAGUCAAGGAGAUAGUUGAGAUCAUCCUCAAGGCUCGUGCUGCUGCGCUCAGGGCGCCCUCCCAGCGGCUCGCGCUGGUUGUGGGCGACUUCAACUUUGCCGCGGAGGAUACGCGUUCCGCCCGCCUUCAGCUGAAGUCCUUAGAGAGGCGGGCUCGCCUCUGGUCGCCGUUAAAUCGACGUGCAUGCCUGACGGCAGUUACCGAUGACAGCGGGCGCUCCGCAUGUGACCCUGCCGAGCGCGUGGACCUCCUGAAGAGCUACUGGGGCCCCGUCUUCUCCAGGAAGCCCUGGGGCCGCGACAGAGCCGUCGAGCAUGCGGCCAAGUACUUGCCGACUGUUGACGAUGUUGUUCUUUCCCCUCCCACACCACGCCUCCUUCGGGCUGUCCUUACCCGUGCUGCUGACUCCGCCACAGGUUGUGACGGGCUCUCCUACACAGCGUGGCGCUCCAUACCCUUCGGUGCGACCAUCCUCUGGGACUGCCUCGAGUGGGUGAUGAGUGGCCAAGCGUUAUUUGACUCUGCAAGUACGACUCCCCAGGUCUUUCUGCCCAAGAACGUGACUGAGGAUGAGGCCCAAGCCGGCCAAGUUGCGAGGGGGGCAGACAAAGUGAGGGUGCUCGGUCUCCGCAAUUGUGACGUUAAGGUCCUCUCGGCAACCAUGAACGCCGCCCUUCGCCCCGUCCUCGAGCGCAUUGCCCCGCCCUGUCAGAGAGGCUUCGUCCCUGGGAGGAACUUUGGCCUGAACGUUCUGGAAUUGGACGUUUCGAGUCGUCAGCUCUCGUGCACACCGCAUGGCUCUCGGGACCUGCCCAUCCUGUAUAGCCUGGACUACGGCCAAGCCUUCCCCUCCCUGAACCAGGAGUUCGUGCUGUUUAUCCUUGGGGCGCUCCGUCUUCCUGAGGCCGUCUUGAAGUUCGCGGGGUUCCUUUAUGAGGCCAUCGAGGGCGUUGCGGUCUCCAUGGGGCUCCGUGUUCACUUGUACUGGGUCCGCAGCGGGAUCAUCCAGGGGUGUGCCCUCUCUGGCUCUCUCUAUGCGAUUGCAUCGUCCACGUUUCUGUACCACCUCGUGCGCGUGAUCGAAGAGGCGGGCCGCGGGCUCGCGCGUGCGUGCGCCGACGACAUCGGUGGCACGUUGAAGAGCAUAGAGGACCUGGCCUGGGUCGCCCUCGCGAUGAGGGAGGCGGAGUUGGUGGCGAACCUUGUCCUGAAGAUUCAGAAGUGCCAUAUUGUGCCCCUGUCAGCCUCAUUUAGUCCUGCACUCGCUUCGGAAGCUCUUGGGAGGCUCACUCGUACUGUGCCCCACUGGUCCGCCAUGAAGAUCGUCUCGGAGCUCCUGUACCUUGGGAUAUGGUUGGGGCCCUCUGUGGACUCUAUGAGGCCUUGGGUCGACCCUCUUGCAAAAGCGCGGCUGCGGGCUCGAGCAGUCGGACGAGGUGUCACCCCCGCUAGCCUCUCAUCCAUCAUCUACAAUACUCGUAUUGUCAGCACACUCUCUUAUGUCAGCCAGUUCUUUUGGAUGCCGCGAGCUGUCCUCGCAUGCGAGCUGGGUGUGCUUGCGCAGGUCUUUCGGGUCGCGCUUGGCACCUUCCCGCUGAGUGCCUGGGUGCAGAUGGACCGCUGGCGUGGCCCGCGUGUCCUGAGCUGGGCUCACCUCAACGCGGCGUCCCUGCUGCGGGCGGCCGCCCACACCUUCCCCGAGCACCAGAGGCUGCUGGACGACAUGCGGACCCACGCGUGCACGCUCGCGGACUCCAGGCCCCUCCUGGUGCCCGCCCCCGUCCCCAACGUGCUGUUCAUCGUGCUCUUCGCGACUUGGCGCGGCUGCGCCCUGGGGUGUUACAACUGUGUCGAUUCGCUUCUUCACUACUCAAGGUGCGUGCGGAUGCAAGCUGCGCUGCGCCGUGCCCUCGGGCAUGGCUUCCCGCUGGAGCUCGCUGAGAGGUGGGGCCUCGUGGCACCCUCUACUGCCGCCUUCGGCUUCCUGGCCGCCGCGAUACUCUCCCCGCGGCUGGAUCUGGUCGACGACUCCAUGGGGUGCGUCGACGUGCUCACAGAUGCGGGCUCCCUCAACCCUGAUGGCUACCCCGUCGGCGCCGACUACUGCGGGUGCUUCUCGAAUGGCGGCUUCCUCCUCUCGCGUUGCCACAAGUCGCGCGUCCUCGGCGACUCCGCGGUCUCAGAGGCUAUGUCCUGCCUCUCCGCGCUCCGCGUCAUGGACUCCCUCCCGCCCUGA